AGUGAAGUUAACUGCAAGUUUGUCAAGUGAAGCUGGUGCUAUUUUGUUAAUUUGAAAUUCAUAUUGUUUUUGUUUUAUUAUAUUUAAAUAAUUUAAUUAUAGCCAUUGUUAAUAAAAAAAUAUUAUUCACUAAUUUGUGUAAGAUUGAACAGCAACAAAUGGUUAUUUACUAUUAGACAUUAUUUAUUGUAUUUGACAGUUGACAUAAUAAUUAAUAAUUAUAAUAAUACCAGAAACGAUUUUUUUAUAUCACCGCUAGGCGCUAUGUGGCGAUUAACAUAAGUCAAAUGACAAAUCUGUCUCAAAAAAAAAAUAUAUACACCACAUAAAUUCCAAUACAUUUCCAGAUUUAAAACAUAAAAAGUUAAAUAAAGUUAAAAUAAAUGCAAAACUAUUAUUGAUAUUUAAUUUUAUUACAAUAAAAAAGUUGUGUUGAACAAUAAAAACAACAACAAAUACAUAAAAAUGGCAGACAAAACAAAAAGUGUCAACAUAAAACAUGUACCAAAAGAUGCUCAAGUUAUCAUGUCAAUAAUAAAAGACAUGGGAAUAACAGAUUAUGAGCCAAAAGUAAUUAACCAAUUGCUUGAAUUUACAUACCGUUAUAUCACAUGUAUAUUAGAUGACAGUAAAAUCUAUGCAAAUCAUGCUAAAAAAAAAUUUAUUGACAUUGAGGAUGUAAGACUUGCUGUUAAAAUGCAAUUGGAACGUUCAUUUACAAAUCCUCCACCACGUGAUGUACUGUUGGAAGUUGCAAGAGCUAAAAAUAAUAUUCCAUUACCAUUUGUUAAGCCAAACAAUGGUUUACGUUUGCCACCAGAUCGUUUUUGUCUUAAUGCAGCAAAUCAUCGUCUAAAAGAUGCUGAGAAAAAAACAAUAAAUAAACCAAUGAUUGGCAUUAACUCAAUUGGUGGAAGAAAUAAAAUUGAUGGAAAAUCAUCAUCAAUUGUUAAGAGACCUGGAGGAUUAUCUACUGUUGCCAGAACACAGUCGAUAUCAGUUCCAAAACCUUUAUUUAAAUUUUCAACAGGUGGAACAGCUGCUGGUACAACUUCAUCAUCAGCAGCAAUAACAACAACAACAACAAAUAAACCAAAACCACCAGUAGUAACAACAAAUCAACCAGUUAAAAUGGAGAUUGAUGAAAACAUGAAAAGAAAAAGAGAUGAUGAUGAUGAUUAUGAUCUUCCUUAAGGUCAAAAAAAUAUAUAAAUUUAUCAAUAUUAUUUUUUAAUAGUUAUUAAUAUUAUAUACGUCAAUAAAUAAUCAUUUUUCUUUUUUUUUUUCAUUCAAUAAAAUUUAAUAAUUAGUUUACAAAAUUAAUAUUCAAAUAUAUUUUCAUCAUUGUACUGAUUUUCAUCAUGUUCAUCAUUUUUAUUAUGAUUUAUAUUAGAAAUAAAUGAUGAUUCUUUUUUAAUUUGUUCAUCAUUAUCAUCAUGUUCUUCAUCUUCAUCUUGUUUAACUUCAACUAGUUCUUCUUUUUUAAUACUCAAAAUU